AUGGAGACCAAGGUGCCACGGAUACAUGCAGAAAGGAUCCGUGUUACGCUUGGUUAUGAGGGGUUGUUCUAUGUUGAUAACGAUGGUUUGAGUGGAGGAAUGGCGCUUUUAUGGAGGAAGAAUAAUAUGGUGAGACUUUUGAGUUAUUCGCAGAGUCAUAUUGAUGUGGAGAUAAGCUUGUUUAAUAAGUUAUGGCGCAUGACAUGUAUCUAUGGUAUCCCCGAGCGUGGUAGGCGGGAGGAGACAUGGGAUCUACUUGGCACACUGAAGACUAGGUCCUUGUUGUCCUGGGUGGUGAUAGGGGAUUUUAAUAAUCUACUAUACCAGCAUGAGAAGAAGGGGGGAAAUCAGUAUCCUAAUAGUCUGUUACGGGGUUUCGGAGAUGCUGUGGAUGACUGUGGUUUGAUGCAAAUGCCAAUGAGGGGCCAUCAGUAUACGUGGCAGAAGGGAAAGGGGACGCCGAAUUGGAUAGAGGAAAGAUUGGACAAAGCUUUAAUAACGAAUGAUUGGGGUCUGCUCAAUGACAAUGCAUGGCUGGAGAAUAUUCGAACCCGGGCCUCGGAUCAUUCGAUCCUAUUCCUCAGUAUUAAUGCGAUUUGCAUGCCAAGGAGAAGAGGGCCGCAGAAGUUUAGAUUUGAAAUGGCUUGGCUAUUAGAUGAGGGGUGCAAAGAAGUAGUAGAAACGGCCUGGCAAGAGGGGAGAACGGAGGGAUUGCUGCAUUGCCAGCAGUUGUGUGGAGAAAAGUUGAUGCGGUGGGGUGGAGAUCAGUUUCAUAAAUUCGGAAAACGAAUUAACCACCUGCAGCGGAGGCAAGAUGCCAUACGGAAUAGACGAGAUUUGGAAGCGCUAGCUGAGUACCAACAGAUUGAGAAUACCAUGAAACGAGUAGAGGCCCAGGAAGAGGUGUUUUGGAGGCAGCGGGCCAAGCAGCACUGGCUACGCGGGGCUGACGCAAAUACAAAAUUUUAUCAUAGGUAUGCCUCUGCACGUAGGAAAAAGAAUUUUAUUUCUAGUAUUAAAUAUGGUGCUGGUAACUGGGUGGAGGGGGAUGAUAUGCAUGCUGCUAUACAGAAUUACUUUGAAAAUAUUUUUGCCUCUAAUGGAUUGAGUUGUGAUGAUCCACUUUUUGGGGUCCUAACCCCACGAGUAACGUUAGAGCAAAAUAUGAUGCUAGACCGCCCUUUUGAAACUAAUGAGGUUAAAGAGGCUCUUUUUUCAAUGUAUCCGGAUAAGGCACCGGGUCUGGAUGGUUUAAACCCGGGUUUCUACCAGCAGUUUUGGGAGAUAGUGGGAGGAGAUGUAUCUGGCUUUAUAAUGAAUGCUUUGAAUUCCUGUGUAUUCCCUGAGGGAUUGAAUGAUACUAACAUUGUCUUGAUACCGAAGAAGGAGAUGCCUAAGACAGUUGCAGAUUUAAGGCCGAUUGCAUUGAGUAAUGUCAUCUACAGAAUUAUGGCCAAAAUGGUAGCAAAUAGGAUGAAAACACUAAUGGGAGGAUUAAUAUCAGAAUCCCAGAGUGCUUUUAUCCCGGGAAGGCUAAUCACUGACAACAUCCUGGUGGCAGCAGAGGCGGGGCAUUAUCUGAAUAGAAAGCAAUGUGGUAUAGUGGGAUGGAGUGCAUUGAAGUUAGAUAUGUCAAAGGCCUAUGAUAGAAUGGAGUGGAGUUUUCUAGAAAGGAUGCUGACUGUUAUGGGUUUUAGUGAGAAGUGGAUAAAGCUCAUUAUGAUGUGUGUAACGACUGUUAAUUAUACUGUAAUGGUCAAUGGUGUAGCAGGGGCACGUAAAAGCAACCAGGGGACUCAGGCAGGGAGACCCGCUCUCUCCGAGGCAGAAGUUAUAAGGCAGUGCCUUGCAAGGUAUGAGAAAUUGUCAGGCCAGGUGGUGAAUUAUAAUAAAUCUAAUAUAUGUUUUAGCAGAAAUACCCAGGAGGCUCACAGGGCUCAGGUAGCGAAUUGUCUGGAGGUGGAGCAAGCACCCAAUUUUGGGAAAUAUUUGGGCCUACCAUCUUUUGUAGGGAGAAAUAAGAGAGCUGUUUUUUCGUAUGUGGAGGAAAAAAUCAGGCAGCGAAUUGGUUCGUGGAGUAAAAAGUUACUCUCUCAGGCUGUGGAAGAGAAAGGGGAAUACAUUGGAAGGCAUGGGAUGUGCAUACCAAAAAAGUAUGGUGGUAUGGGUUUUAAAGAGCUGAGGGCUUUUAAUCUAGCAAUGCUAGGUAAACAGGCAUGGCGAUUUUUAACAGACCCAGAAACACUCGUAGCUAAAAUCUAUAAGGCAAGGUAUUAUCCCACAACCAGUUUUACAGAUGCAACUAUUGGUAAUUGCCCAAGUUACUGUUGGAGAAGUAUAAUGGCAGCCCAUGCAAUGGUAAUCUCAGGGGUGCGAAGGAGGAUUGGGAAUGGACAGACAACUUUAAUAUGGGGGCACCCGUGGUUACGAGAUAAUCCUAGCCCAUUGAUUCAAACAGAAAUGCCACAGCAAUUGAGAGAGGCACGAGUUGCAGGACUGAUUGAUUUACAGACUCAUACCUGGGAUCCGCAUAUUUUGUCUGAUUUAUUCAUUCCUGAAGAUGUGGAGCGAAUAAAUAUGAUCCCUGUUAGUCCUGAGUAUGAGGACUCAUGGGUGGAGGUGGACCCAACUUGCUCAAUGUGUGGUUUAGAACAUGAAGAUGGGUUGCAUGCUUUAGUGCUCUGUGAAUAUUCUAGACUUGUUUGGAAUAUAACACAAUUGCCUAUUGUUAAUAUUGUUGCAGACUCAUUUACAGCAUGGCUAAAAGGGGCUAUGGCGGCCUUGACGGAGGAGCAGACCCGGUUAAUGAUAGCAGUAUUAUAUUAUAUUUGGAGAACCCGGAAUUCAGCUGUCUGGAAGGGAUCAAUGAUGCGGCCUACCCAAUUGGUCAGAGCAGCCACCGGAGCGCUGCAAGCGUACGGCGCUGCCCAUGUCCGCCGAACCAAGCCGGCACCGGCGACGGACCACUUGAACGGUCCAGGGGAGGAUGGUCUACGAUGUUAUGUGGACGCGGGUUUCCGGCACGACACGGGCGAGGCUACUUACGGCAUGAUAAUUAUAGCGCCAGAUGGCUCGUUUGUGGCAGCAAGGAAUGGCAAGUUACCAAUCUGUUUUUCACCACUUAUGGCAGAGGCCCAGGCAUACAAGGAGGCUUUGUCCUGGCUACUUGAACGGGGCAACACAUCAGCAGAUUAA